GGGAAAUAAGAGUCAAGGUCCAGUGGGAGACCAGACUAGCUGCAAAAGACGCGCCCACUCUUGGAUACGUUGCGCACUACUUCUCUGGAAAGAAAGUCGACCUGCUGCGAUCCACUCUUGACUGAGCAUCCAACUGGGAUUUUUUUUCAUGGGAAGGACUGUUCUGCUGCUAGAAACUCAAAUUAAACCCACAUUCCUUUAGACAUGGUUCUGCAAAAGAUUUUCCGUGCUGUCAUUAUGGGACCUCCCGGGUCGGGGAAGGGGACUGUGUCUGCGCGCAUAACCAAAACUUUCGGACUGAAUCACAUCUCCAGUGGGGAUAUUUUGAGAGCCAGCAUCAACGCUAAAACUGAGUUCGGCUUGUUGAUGAAGGCCUGCAUUGAUCAGGGUCAGCUGGUACCUGACGACGUCAUGUCUCGUCUUAUCCUGAGUGAUCUGAGAGCGAUGGACCACAGCAGCUGGCUGCUCGAUGGUUUCCCUCGCACAGUAUCCCAGGCAGAGGCUCUGGAUGGCGCCUUCACUGUGGAUUCAGUCAUUAACCUCGAUGUACCUUUCCAGACAAUUAAACAGAGGCUCACCUCUCGCUGGACUCACCUGCCCAGCGGCAGAGUCUACAACAUAGAUUUCAACCCACCAAAAGUCCCCGGUUUGGACGAUGUGACAGGGGAGCCUCUGGUCCAGCGGGACGAUGACACACCAGACACGGUCACACGGAGACUGAAGUCCUAUGAAACUCAGACAGAGCCUGUCUUAGAGUUCUACAGGAGUAAAGGUGUGCUUGAGACCUUCUCUGGGACAGAAACCAACAAGAUCUGGCCGCACGUUGAGUCUUUCCUCCACAAAAGAUUCUCCUCCUUCAAUCAGAGAGUGGCAUAGAAAGCCUGAACACAUAAGACACGAG